AUGUCUCUCUACUACGACGCCGCCACGGUUCUUACGACAGCAACGCAAGAUGGGUCCCUCACGUCGCGGAUCUAUAGCAAUAAGCUCGGGCUCAGGUCUAAACCCGCGCACGUCUAUGCCCUGAUCUCUGAGACGGCAAAGUACGACCAGUUUCUCAAGGAGGUCAUAGACAAUGCGGGUCUGUUGGCCCAAGAAUCAAAGUUGACUCCCAUUCUUUCCUUGCUCCUGGUUCAUGACCACAUCUUCGCCAAAAAUGGCAUCGAAGCAUCUCCUGUCCAUCCUCUCCGUCAAGCGAUCGAGAGGCAUAAAGCCCGGCUACAGGGCGAGUCUACCAAAGCGCGGUUGCGGAGGAGGUGUGCCUCGAUGGAUGAGCUGAAGAGGCUUCUGUUGGCUAGAAAGCCCUCAGCACAGCGAGCGCAGCCACGGUGGGUUAGAGUCAACACGCUAAAUUCCAGCCUUGAGCAGGAACUUGCUACAACCUUCCAUGGGUACAGAACGGACGCAGAAAUUGCAGAAGUUGUAGGUUCACCAGGAGCUGAGAAGGUGUUGACGAUUGAUCGUAACGUGCCGGACCUGGUCGCUUUGCCUCCUGAUGCAGUCGUGACGAAGAUACAAUCUUACAGAGCUGGGAGGUUGAUUCUCCAAGAUAAAGCUUCUUGCUUCCCUGCAUACAUGUUGGUCGGAGACGCCGGCGGAAUUGCCUCAGUUGGUGAGUGCAUCGACGGCUGUGCAGCGCCAGGGAACAAGACCUCUCACCUCGCGGCUUUGCUUGCGCACGGCAGGAAGACGAAGAACAAGAUCUAUGCAUGUGAGCGGGAUAGAGCUCGGUCGAACACCCUGCAGACGAUGAUGCAGAGGAGUGGAGCAGAUACUGUGACCGUGAAGGCAGGCUGUGACUUCCUAACACUUAAUCCGCACGAUGAGAAGUACAAUAAGGUGACGCAUUUACUCCUUGAUCCGAGCUGCUCUGGAAGCGGCAUCAUUGGGCGUGAAGACAUUCCCACAUUGGCUCUACCCGACAACCCCAGAACUCACCAGUCAGAAGUCAACAAAGGGCUGAAACCCACGAGAAAGAGAAAAAGAGACCAUGUCGGUUCAACACCUGACGAGACCACGACAGAAGGACUCAACCAAGCCGAAGAGAGGAGAGAAGUCAUAGUCGACAAGACAAGGCUGCAGAAGCUAUCGAACCUCCAAACCCGAAUCGUCGAGCAUGCUCUUGGUUUCCGGGCAGCCGUUCGAGUCACAUACUCGACUUGUUCUGUUCAUGUGGAAGAAAAUGAAGCCGUUGUGGCUCGGAUUCUAGCGUCCCAAGUGGCGAAGGAGCAGGGGUGGCGCUUGUUGCGACGGGAAGAUCAAGUGUCUGGUUUGAGCAUGUGGCCGCAUCGAGGUGUUUCCAGGUCAGAAAUGAUGGCAAGCGAGGCAAAAACAGAUGGGCGGAUUUUGACCGACGAGGAGCUCGAAGCCUGUAUUCGCUGUCAUCCUGGGGACAUGGAAGGAACCAUGGGGUUCUUCGUAUGCUGCUUUGUUCGCUCAGCACCUAAAGGAGUAGACUCGGACGAUGCGACUCCAUCUGACAACGAAAGCUGGGAGGGUUUCACCGACUAG